UCUAAUCAACUACACAAACUCAAAAAGGAUGAAUCCUAUGUUCUACUUCCUUCUUGCCCUAACAGCUGUUUUGGCUGCCACCGCAAACGCCGCCGGGCCAGUUCUUGACGUAAAUGGUGAUCUCAUAUUCGGCGGCAGUAGCUACUACGUUCUCCCUGCCAUCUGGGGCCCUGGAGGUGGCGGCCUGACUCUCUCCUCCCUUGGUGACAAGCAAUGUCCACUUUAUAUCCAGAAGGAAGAUUCAGAGGUCGAAAGGGGCCUUCCCGUAAAGUUCUCAAACUGGAGGCUUAAAGUUCCGUUCGUUCCCGAAUCAGAGAACCUCAACAUCGAGAUGGAUGUUGCAGCUACGAUCUGCGUCCAGUCAACCUACUGGUGGGUUGCUCCGUCUAACUUGCCCAUUAUGACAUUUUGGAUAGCGGCUGGCCCUAAGCCAGACCAUGGAGAAGAUUCUUCAAGGAGUUUCUUCCAGAUCAAGAGAACUGGAGAGUUUCAUAACGGCUACAAAAUUACGUUUUGUUCUGGAGAUGGGGCUUGCGACGAUGUUGGGAUCGCUAGGGACGGAAAUGGCGUUGGGCGUUUGGCUGUAGGCUCUGAGCCAUUUGCGUUUGUGUUCGUGAAAGCUAGUGAGGCAGAGACUUCGCCCAAGACUAUGUCUAUUAUCUGAGAGAUAUUAAAGGCUACGAUAUCAAGAAGAUAAGAGUUUUAACCUACUACAAAUAAUAAAACUCUGUGUGUGUUCACUGUUUUUUUUCUCAUCAACCCUCAUCUUUCCUGUGU